CAACCAUCUACAGUAAGUACUUCCUAUAUUUCUCUCUCUCUCUGCUGCAACCCGACGACAGACUCCGCGCUGGCAAGAUUCCUCCCCCUCCCCUCUCUCUCUCUCCUCUUUCUUUCCCACUUCCCACUCCUCCUUACUCUUCCCCUUAUCUCUCCAAACCCUAAAAUUUCUAGAGUUCUCCCUCGCCUAUGACAUCUCAAUUCUCAAAUGCUCUUGUCUUUCUAAUUUUUUCAGGGGGAUUGGAGAGGGACUGAUACUUAUGUAGAAUCUCUCUCUGUCCUUCUCAGUCUUACCCAGAAUUUUAUUCCCUCCCCCCUGUCCCCCCUCCCUCUCUAUCUCUUCUUCUUCUUCUUCUUCUUCUUUUAAUUUUCCUUAUAUUUAUUCUGCUCCAAUCACACGGUCAGGAUAUGGGCUGCACCAGCUCGAAGCUCGACGACCUCCCGGCAGUCGCUCUCUGUCGCGAGCGCUGCCAGUUCCUCGACGAAGCAAUCCGGCAACGUUACGCCCUCGCCGAUGCCCACGUCGCCUACAUCCACUCCCUCAGAGCAAUUUCCCUCUCCUUAGACGGUCUCUUCCAUCAAGAUCUCGACACAUCUGCCGCGGCUCCCCCUUCCCCAGUGCUUCCUCUCCCCACCCAACGGAAGGGUGACCCCGUCGUCCCUGCCCCCGAGCCUUUUACUCCUCCCCCUCCCACUGCCGCUGCCGUAAUUAAUCAUUCCCACUCCAAUUCAGGAUCCCAUAUUCAUUUCCACUCGGAUUCCGACGACGACGACACCGACUCCGGAUCUCUUCAUCACUCCGGCGGUUCUUCUCCUUUGCACGAUUAUAACAACCAUCCACUUGAUCAUGAGAUGCUCCCUCCUCUUUCUGGUGGCGGAUAUACCACCAUGAAUUUCAUGAAGAAUCGAGCCACACCCUCCAUCUCUUACGAGCAACGGCCGAUGAGCCCCGAGACCGUACAUAUGGGCGAAUCCUCUUUUUACUACCCUUAUCCUUACCCUAACACUACUCCUUAUUCAUACUAUCCUUAUCCCCCCAACAACUAUGGCGCUGGGACCAACGGUUUGUUCGGUUCCUCCUCUCCGCCGCCACCGCCCGCUGCGGCUCCGUCCUCCCCCUCUUCUUCCCAAGCUCCUCCGCCUCCUCCCCCGCCACCGACGAACUCGACCUGGGAUUUCUUGAAUCCUUUCGAAACUAUUGAUUACUUCCAUCCUUAUACCCCUAGCCGUGACUCCAGAGAAGUGAGGGAGGAGGAAGGGAUUCCUGAUUUGGAAGACGAGGAGUACGAAAUUAUAAAAGAAGUUCUUGGAGAUCAGAAAUUUGUGGAUGGCAGUGACUCUGCGAAUUAUUCGAAGAAAGUCACUAAUGAUGAGGAUGAUAAGGGUAAAGAUGAGGAGGCAUCUCUCUCCCAGACUAGGCCCAGUGCGUCGGAGGAGAAGGAGGGGGUGGAAUACGAGGUUCGUAUGGUGGACAAGAAUGUAGUUGCUAACGAGGAACGUGUCGAGGAUCGGAUGAACAAUGUGGCUGCAUUUAAGGUCCGGCCUGGCUCGCAAGCUGCACCUGAUGUUAUGACAUUAAUUAAAGUUGAAUUAGAGAGAGCUUCCGAGUCGGGCAAUGACGUUUCCAAGAUGCUCGAGGCUGGAAAGAUUCCGUAUCACAGGAAAAAUGCUGUUUAUCAAGUGUCCUCCAGAAUGUUGCAUGUUAUAACUCCAUCUUUGACAGUAGUAUCCUCACAACCUUCUACUUCCAAAAGUGGUGAGUCCUCUUCCUCUGAGAAGGCUGGUCCUGUUCACUUGGAGUUCGAAGAAGAUCUGGGAAUGAGUUCGGGAAAUCUUUCUUCUACCUUGAAGAAGCUAUACAUGUGGGAGAAGAAACUGUAUGAUGAAGUUAAGGAGGAGGAAAAGUUGCGACUAGUUCAUGACAGGAAAUGCCGGCGGCUGAAGCGUUUGGAUGAAAAGGGUGCUGAGUCUCAUAAAGUUGACUCUACUAGAACUAUAGUCAAGAAUUUGUCCACAAAAAUUAAAAUUGCAAUUCAGUUUGUCGACAAGAUAUCAGAGAAGAUAAAUAAAUCAAGGGAUGAAGAGUUAUGGCCACAGAUCAAUGAAUUGAUUCAGGGGUUUUUUAGAAUGUGGAAAGUUAUGCUUGAGUGCCAUCGGAAUCAAUGUCAGGCCAUAGCAGAGGCUAAAAAUUUAGAUGCUAUUGCAUCCAACAGAAAGCUUAGCUCUGCUCAUCUUGCAGCCACAAUGCAGUUCCAACAAGAGCUUCUAAACUGGAUUUCAAAUUUUUCCAGGUGGAUCAGUGCACAGAAGGGAUUUGUUAAUUCCUUGAAUGGUUGGCUCCUGAAAUGUCUUUUCUAUGAACCGGAAGUGACCCCUGAUGGAAUAGUUCCAUUUUCUCCUGGUAGAAUCGGUGCACCCCCUGUUUUUGGAAUUUGUUAUCAGUGGUCUCAAGCUUUGGAGAGAAUCUCAGAGAGGGAGGUGAUUGAAGCCAUGUGUACUUUUGCCAUGGGUGUUAGGCACAAUAUAGAUCAGUGCCAGAGGACAAUAGCACACAGGGAUGUUGAGGGGAGAGUUAAGACCUUGGAUAGAGAAGAACAGAAAAUACAGAAGGUGAUUCAGGCACUUGACAAGAAGAUGGUUCUGGUUUCUGAACAGGGCAGUGGCAACAUUGUACAUCAGAGUGACAUGACAAAUGGUAAUCUUCAGUUUGGUCUGAAAAAGAUUUUUGAUGCCAUGGAGAAGUUCACAGAAGAUUCCUUGCAAGUAUAUGAUGGGCUCCAUGUGCGUAGUGAAGAAGAUAGGCUUGCACGAGAGAAUGCAAAAGUUCCAUAGAAAUAAAUACACCGAAUGGAGUAAUGAUUACUGCUUCUGCAGUUGCUAACUGUUUCUGUGGUCUUUUUGUUUGAUUCUCUCCAAUGAGUAUCACAGGUUUUUGAAGCUUGGGAUUUUUUUAGCUGGAACAAGAGCUGGGUCCACGUGUUUCAGUAAAAAUGUCACAAUCCCCUUCCUGAAGAAAUUUUGUAUCCAUCUUCAGGUUGGUUGAACCUCUGAUUGGUUGAGGUGGGUUUGAGAUCUCAAAGGUCUGAAUUGUUGAUCUUUCGUCUAGCUCACAUUCAAUCUUUGAGUAAGCCAUGCAUUCCUGCAGUGCCGGUCAUCUAUCAUCGGUUUUGGAGCAGAGGUGGAUUUGACUCAAGAAUAUGGUGGAUUAUGAAUUUCAGCAGGCUCUUAAGGAUUCAAAAUUUGCCAAGUUAUCACAGGGACUGAAUGGUUUCCCUCCAAUGCCUGCCAUUCGGCCAUCGGUUCUAGCAAGCGUUUGAAAUGUGAAGGUGCGAAGUAUCUUGAUUAGGAGCCAAUUGGUACUGAGAAUAUCUUUUUUGUCAAACCAUUCCACCCAACCUUUCAGUUACAUUACUGUCAUGAUUUGCGGUACAUGAAGGGAUCAAGUAUUGGUAAAUGCUCCCCUUGGCCUCCAAUGGUCUGUUCAAUGGGUUUGAUGACAGAUCUUUGCAGUCCAGUUGAGAACUAGUGAUUCAUUUCAUUCUCUAAUAUACAAAGUGGUCAUUGAACAAGGUUUCUGGACUCGAAGAAGGGACUGCCACAAUUUUUCCUUGGGACAUGAUCUACGUUUUCCUGCUUCGGGACUACUUAAUUUGACUGAAGUCUGUUGGCUACUGCCCCGAUGUAGACUUGUAUAUGAAUACAACUUUCUUGAAUUUAUUUUAGUUAUUGUACAGAAAAUUCUCAGAAAUGAAGUAUUUCUAGAGCCAUUUGCCAAUUGGAGAUGAUUAACUGAAUCAGGCUUCCUUGGCAAUUAACUAAAUUGGUUGUAUUGCCAAAAAUAGGCCAAAUUGGUUAUACGAGCAGGCAAGUUUCUGACAGUCCCUUCAGUUGUCUAAUUUAGUAGUGUAAUUGUAUACUCUUUUAUAUUUUUACCCUUGGAAGAAAUGUUACAUCAAAAACCAUCUUUUUUAUAUGACAAGCCAUUUGCUUGUUACC